GACCGUUGCGACCACAGUGAGAGACUGAGAGAAAACAGAGCAGCUAGAGAGAGAGAGAGAGAGAGAGAGAGAGAGAAUGAAGAGAGAGAGAGAUCCAUCAAAGGUUCUCCAUAGCUAUACAACUCCACAACCUUCCACCAACAUAAACAGAAUACACACGGUAUUCCACAGCGUCGCCGUCUUAGGCUUAUUCAACUACCGCCUCACGCGCCUCUUCUCCGGCGACGCGCAGCCGCUACUUCCAUGGAUUCUAAUGACAUUCGCGGAGCUUCUCCUGGCCAUCACAUGGCUCGUCCAACAAGCCUUCCGGUUGCGCCCCCUCAUCAGAGAAGUUCAUCCCGAGAACAUCACCAUCCCCGAUUCAGACCUUCCUAUGGUGGAUGUGUACAUAGUGACUGUCGAUCCGUCAAAGGAGCCGAUAGAGGAUGUGAUGAACACAGUGAUAUCGGCGUUGGCGCUGGAUUAUCCGGUGGAGAAGCUGGCCGUGUACUUGUCGGACGACGGAGGGGUUCCGUUGACGCUGUUUGCGGUUCGAGAAGCUUGUGCGUUUGCCAAGCAUUGGGUACCGUUUUGUAGGAAGUACAGGCUUAAGAACAUUUGUCCUAAAGCUUUCUUCUCCAGAAUGGCUGAUGAUGAACGUCUUCUUCGAUCAAAUUCUUCCGAGUUCAAGACCGAUGAACAACAAAUGAAGUCGCUAUAUGAACAAUUCAAGAAGAAUGUGGAAAAAGCUCGUGAACAGGGGGAAAUAAAAGAUACUAUUGUGCCAGAUCGACCCCCUUACAUCGAGAUAUUACAUGACAACAAUGACCAAGCGCAGUUACCUUUGCUUGUCUAUGUAUCUCGAGAAAGACGACCAUCAUACCCUCAUCGAUACAAGGGUGGAGCCCUCAAUGCACUUCUUCGAGUAUCCGGAUUAAUGAGCAAUGCCCCCUACAUGAUGGUGUUAGAUUGUGAUAUGUUCUGCAAUGAAGCAACCUCGGCCCGUCAAGCAAUGUGUUUUCAUCUUGACCCAAAGAUGUCUCAAACUUUUGCUUUUGUGCAAUACCCUCAAACUUUUUACAAUAUAGGCAAGGAUGAUAUCUACGACGCCCAAGGAAGAACAACAUACAAGUCACAAUGGCAUGGCAUGGAUGGCCUAAGAGGUCCGUUGUUGUCUGGAACUGGCUAUUACAUGAAGAAAAAGGCACUAUUUGGAACUCCCAAUAAAAACUGCAUGUCUAGUAUUAUUGGAGAAGAGACUGAUGGACACUCAAUCUCAUACAAUGCCAAGUUAGAGAAGGCUAGGGUUUUGGCCUCAUGCACCUUUGAACAAAACACAAAUUGGGGAAAAGAGAUCGGUUUCUCUUACGCUUCUUUGUUGGAGAGCUCGUUCACGGGGUAUCUUUUGCAUUGUAGAGGGUGGACUUCUGUCUACUACUAUCCAAAAAGACCAGCAUUCUUGGGUUGUGCCCCAACUGAUUUGAAGGACCUCUCAUCUCAGCUCCUGAAAUGGGUUUCUGGAUUGUUACAAGUCGGGCUUUCGAGAUUCAACCCGGUCACAUAUGGGAUGUCAAGGAUGCCUAUUUUACAGUGCAUGUGCUACUGCUACUUCAUGUAUAUCCCUCUUUACUGCCCCGCUCUGCUAUUAUAUGGCACUGUUCCUCUGUUGUGCUUUUUCAGCGGCAUACCCUUGUUCCCCAAGGUUACAAGCCCUUGGUUCUGGUUAUUUGCAACCAUUUUCGCCUCCUCUAUCUUUGAGCAAUUAUAUGAGGUCCUCAGCACCGGUGGAUCACUAAAGAUAUGUUGGAAUGAAUAUAGAAUAUGGAUGAUACAGUCUGUCACAGCUCUACUGUUUGGAUGCAUUGACGCCGUAACCAAUUUACUGGGAUUAGGGAAAGGAGGUUUUAGGCUGUCGAAUAAAGCAGUCGACAAAGAGAAGGUCAAGAGAUACGAGAAGGGUAAAUUUAACUUUGAAGGGGCUGGGAAGUUCGUGAUCCCCUUGGCAAUACUAAUCAUACUCAAUGCUGUGUGUUUCAUUGGCGGAGUCAAAAGAAUGAUUUCGGAAUGGAAAUUCGAAGAGAUGUGUGGGCAGUUUUUACUUUCAUCGUUUCUCUUAUAUGUUAGUUAUUCACUUAUUGAAGGGAUAAUAGCGAUGAGGAAGCAAUAGAUAGAGGAGGCAAUGAAAGCUUUGAGCUCUUUCAACAUUAAUUUGUGUUGGGACUAGUUUUUGAAACCCUAUUUCUUUAGUGACCACAUUUCAAAGUGGAAACUUAGGAUAUGUUUGUUUGGACGGAUUAAAUAAUAGAGAGAUUGGAAUCCAUUGAAUUGUAAUCCUAGAUUCAUAAUCCUGGGACUAUUUGGUUGGAUAGGAUAUAUAUCCCAUGUUUGUUUAGUUAUGGGAUUAAGGCCAUGUUUGUUUGGAUGGACUGGAUUAGCAUUCUCAUGACUAAUAGUUCUAGGACUACGAAUCUAUUAGAUUAUGUAUCCUAUCUUAACUAAUAGUCAAGUUUAAAA